UCUUGUUCUGCGCAUCCGGAUGUUUAUUCUAUAGAUAUUUCUGUAGUCCAGGUUUCGCACUACUGUUAUAGCUCGACCAAAGAGGGAUACGUUAAUCGAUAGUCGCCUGUGGAAUUGUGGCUUGGGACUCGGUUGGGUAAAUAAGCAGUGUUGUGGAGAUGUGGUAUGAAAUAAUACCUUCUUUUGCUAUAAUUGUGGGUGCUAUGACUGUUCCUACAGUUGCCAUGUACUAUGUUCAGAAAGGCAUAUCGGGAAAUCCUUACCGGCGUAACCUAACAAACAGGUGGGAAAGGUUAAUGUAUACAAGAGAUAUGAGACUAUCAGGAAAUGCUUAUAAAACAAACGGACUGGAAGCAAUACCAGACAAAUAAGUCAACUUUUGAUAGGGUAGUUUUUAGUAAAUGUAUAUACCUGUAAAAUAUUUACAUUUGUUAUAAAAAACAAUAAAUUACAUUUGAACCAUA